GGGGCGUGGGGUGGAGAAAACCAUUAAAACGACAGCGUCUUAGCAGCAGGCAUAAAGGACGCCACCAUUUAGGGUGCGAAUGCGUUUGCACCCUUACUCUAGGGUUUUAAGCUUGGUAUAAAUACUAACCUUGCAUCUGCCAAAUCCCCUUGAGUUUAGAAUCCUCAGCGAGUCUACGGCUGCUGAAAUCGCCGGCGACUAGGUUCAUCAAUCAAUCGUCGGAAUCUGCAGUUACUUGUCUCGUUGAGAAGAAAAUCAGAUGGGGCACUCGAACGUGUGGAGCUCGCAUCCGAAGAACUAUGGUCCUGGAUCUCGUGCCUGCCGCGUAUGUGGGAACCCUCAUGGGUUGAUCAGAAAGUAUGGACUUAUGUGUUGCAGACAGUGCUUCCGUAGCAAUGCCAAGGAAAUUGGGUUCAUUAAGUACCGCUAAAAGAUCUAUUAUAUGUUCCGCAAGACAAAUUUCCCACAGUAUGAGGCAUUGAUGAUGUUAGUUCUUCUGCAGUAAGUUUAUGAUGUUGCUCUUGGCUUCCCCUUCCCUUCGUGAUGGGGGCUGUGGACCUUUUCCUUCUGUACCUUUUUUUUUUUUACCUCAUUUUGGUUAGUGUUCAUCACUGAUUGUUGAAACUGAGCAUUUUGUGGCAUCAUCUAUCUUAAAUGCAAUCAUUUAUCUGAAUUGUUGUCA